UUGACCAUAGGAUUGAUUGUAAUGUCACCACGACCACGACCACUAACCGGAAGUGAAAAAUAUUACAAGUGUUCAAGUACGGGUAAAUCAAGAUUAUUACCCAGUAUAUUUGAUGAACCACCGAAAUAUACUUAUUCAAUCAUAGUACCAGCAUAUAAUGAAGCACAAAGAAUGCCUAAUAUGUUAGAAGAAACGGUAAACUAUUUAGAAGCUCGUAAGAAUUCGGAUAAAACUUUUUCAUAUGAAAUUAUUGUUGUUGAUGAUGCUAGUGAUGAUGGUACUAGUAACGUUGCAUUGGAAUUUUCUAAACCUAGAGGAAUUGAAUUAAAAGUGUUAACCUUGGAAAAAAAUCGAAAGAAAGGUGGCGCUGUUACUCUGGGUAUAUUAAGUGCUAGUGGAAAAUAUAUUUUGUUUGCUGAUGCGGAUGGAGCGACAAAAUUUUCUGAUCUAGAUUGUUUAGAGAAGGAGUUAAAUAAAAUUUCAAGAGAAGGAUACGGUGUAGCUGUUGGAUCUAGAGCUCAUUUAGUGAAAACCGAAGCCGUAGUCAAAAGAUCAUUAAUUAGAAAUUUUUUAAUGCACUCGUUUCAUAAAUUAUUAUAUAUAUUAGGGAUAAGAACAAUAAAAGAUACACAAUGCGGAUUUAAAUUAUUCACGAGGAAAGCAGCGUUAAACAUAUUUAAUAAUAUACACGUAGAAGGAUGGAUAUUCGAUAUUGAAGUGUUAUUAGUAGCACAAUAUUUCAAAAUGCCCAUCGUAGAAGUAUCUGUUACUUGGCAUGAGAUUGAUGGUUCUAAAGUUUCACUCAUAAAAGAUUCUAUCAAAAUGGCCACUGAUUUGUUAAUUAUUAGGUUGAAUUACCUUUUUGGGUUUUGGAAAGUUAAAGAUUAUAAUCCAAGUAAAAUUAAAAGUGAAUAA